AUGGUUCAAGUACGAAUAAGCGACGGCAUAUUAGAAGGAGAGGUGAUCGAAAAUGAAUAUGGGGGAAAAAUAUUCAGCUUCAAAGGCAUUCCGUAUGCACAACCUCCGCUUGGAGACCUCAGGUUUAAGGCUCCUUUGCCACCAAAACCUUGGAACGGUGUCCGAGAUGCUAAGAAGUUGGGAAAUCAAUGUUACCAAUAUGACAUAUUCCUACAAAAACUGAGUCAUGGAAGUGAAGACUGCCUGUACGUCAACGUAUUCUCACCGAAUAUAACACCCGCCAAGCCGCUGCCGGUCAUGGUUUGGUUUCACGGAGGAGGUUUUACAAGCGGAAGCGGUACCGAUGAGAUGUACGGACCAGAUUUUUUAAUAAGACACGAUGUAAUUCUAGUCACGCUUAACUACAGACUCGAAGUCCUCGGCUUCCUUUGCCUGGACACAGAAGACGUACCCGGCAAUGCGGGCAUGAAAGAUCAGGUUGCUGCUCUUAGAUGGGUUCGAAAAAAUAUCGGUAACUUUGGGGGAGAUCCUAACAAUGUCACUAUUUUCGGUGAAAGUGCUGGAGGUGCUAGCGUCUUAUUUCACCUUUUAUCACCUAUGAGUAAAGGAUUAUUUAAGAGAGCCAUACCACAAAGCGGACUUGCUAUCGCUCAUUGGGCAACAAGUUUUAUGAUUAAGGAGAGAUCGUUACAAUUAGCUAGGGAAUUGGGAUGUAAUUCAAAAGACGAAAAGGAAGUGUCCAAGUUUUUAAAGGCACAGCCUGUUGAAACUCUUGUUAAGAAACAUAUUACAGUGACCUAUACCGAAACAAAUAAAGAAGGUCUUAUCAUACCUUUUAAUAUUACUGCAGAAAAACAGUUUGGAAAUAACGAGAGGUUCAUGGUUGGUGAGCCUAUCGAAGUAUUACGUAAUUACGGUAUACAUGAAGGAGUGGAUGUUAUGGAAGGCUACACUGAAGAUGAGGGAGUUUUAAUCCUAGGAGCCGGUCAAAGCGUCCACAAAAUGUUCGCCGAAGCUAAUAAAUAUCCUGAAUUUUUCGUACCGAGAUCAAUCGCAAUACAUUGCCCGCUAAUUGAGCAAAUAGAAGUAGGCAAAAUGAUAAAGAGUUACUACUUUAAUGAUGAGGACAUCUCUAAGGACAACGUGUAUACUUUGCAAAAGUAUUUUGGUUCAGAAUGCUUUAAAUAUCCCACAAUCUUAUUUCAAAAACUUUGUGCAAAAGGAAUGAAAAAUAAAGUUUUCCUGUAUAAUUUUACAUGCAAAUCUGAAUUGAAUAUUUUUAAAUAUUUACUGGGAGUUGCAGAUAUCAUCGGAGAUAGGACUGUCGUCAGUCAUGCUGAUGAACUUCCUUAUAUCUUCUCUAUGAAAGUUUUAAAGGCAAUUAACCCAAACUUUGAUAUUUCACGGGUAAUUAAGUUGAUAGACCAAGUAACAAAACUAUGGACAAACUUUGCUAAAUAUGGUAACCCAACACCCGAUGAAAGUCUCGGCGUUAUUUGGAAACCAUACUCUUUAGAAGGCCAGGACUAUUUGGACAUCGGUAAUAAUUUAGUGGCCGGUACUGCACCAGACAAGGAGGAACUUGAAUUCUGGGAAAGUGUUUUUAAGAAGUAUUGUCCUAAAUUUGCUCCUUGA